AACGAACACGAUGCGGUCACUCCUCACCAUUUUCAGCGCAUUGCUGGCAUACACCACUGCCGUGUAUGCUACUGCCCUCACCUACAGACUAGAGGCACACGAGCAAGCAUGCUUCUACGCGCACGUUGAGAACAAGGGGACCAAGUUGGCUUUCUACUUUGCAGUCCAAUCCGGAGGCUCAUUCGAUGUCGACUAUUUGGUUGUCGGCCCAACAGACAAGACCAUCCUGGAUGGAACCAAGGAGCGACAGGGCGACUUUGUAUUCACGGCAAACGAUGUGGGAGAAUACCGUUUCUGCUUCAACAACGAGAUGAGCACUUUUGCGGAGAAGAUGGUCGAUUUCGAAAUCGCCGUUGAGAACGAAGCCGCCCGUGCCAAGAUCCCGUCCAAGCAGGGCUCCUCCCCUGAACAGACCUCGGUCCUUGAGGAGUCUAUUCUCAAGUUAUCCGCACAACUCUCCACCAUCUCCCGCAACCAGAAGUACUUCCGCACGCGCGAGAACCGUAACUUCAGCACCGUCAAGAGUACCGAGAAGAGGAUAUUCAACUUCAGUUUGAUGGAGUCAGGCUUGAUUAUGACCAUGGCAGGGUUGCAGGUCUUCAUUGUUCGCUUCUUUUUCCAGGGCGCGAGGAAAGGUAUUAUUUGAAACUGCCUCUCAGGAUAAGAGUUUGGAAGUAUCGUGGGCUGACACAUGUUGGCAGGCUACGUAUGAGCAUGCGCUAGUUCACUUUCCAAAUUUGGAGUUGGAUCAUCAUGCAAUCUGGAGAUCUAGCGGGUCGUUUGGAGUACUAUCCUGCGGGACGAGAAGAGUAUGCAACUUUUUUGAUUACC